UAAUGUAAAUAACAUUGCAAAAUUUUCUUAUACAGGCGAGAAAGAGAGAUCUCCAGUUUCUCGUGUCGUGUCUGGAUCGGAGCUCCAUUAAUGGGUUCUCUACCAGCGACGGUGCCGGAGCUCCAUAUCCCGGACUCUUCUUCCAAACAAAUCCGAACCCAUAACCAAUCCCCCAUCGACGAAACUACGAUCCUCAACCUUUUCAAGUCUCAGCAAGAUCACCUCAAUUUCUUCUUCCACAACCUCGACAUUUCCCAAACCCUAGCCUUUACCAAGGUUCUGCUCGAAUCCUCCGGCACUGCAUUCUUCUCCGGUGUCGGCAAGUCUGGCUUCGUUGCUCGGAAGAUUUCGCAGACCCUCGUCUCGCUCGGCGUUCCCUCCGGGUUUCUUUCUCCCGUUGAUGCACUCCAUGGUGAUAUCGGCAUUAUCACCAAGAGAGACGUUUUGGUUCUCUUCAGUAAGUCUGGGAACACUGACGAGCUUCUGAGACUUGUUCCUUGCGCUAAGGCCAAAGGGGCUUAUCUGAUCUCGGUGACAUCUGUGGAGGGCAAUGCCCUCGCUGGGGUUUGCAAUAUGAAUGUGCAUUUGCCUCUCGAGAGGGAACUCUGUCCUUUCAAUUUGGCUCCUGUGACGUCGACGGCGAUCCAGAUGAUUUUUGGGGACACGGUGGCGAUCGCGCUCAUGGGUGCCAGGAAUUUGACAAGGGACGAGUAUGCCUGUAAUCAUCCCGCGGGUCGGAUCGGAAAAAGUCUCAUCUUCAAGGUGUCAGAUGUAAUGAAGAAACAGGAUGAGUUACCUGUUUGUAAGGAGACAGAUCUUAUAAUGGAUCAGCUAGUUGAGCUGACAAGUAAAGGGUGUGGAUGCCUGCUUGUUAUAGACCAAGAUUAUCAUUUGAUGGGUACUUUUACAGAUGGUGAUCUGCGUCGUACUCUCAAGGCUAGUGGUGAGGCCAUCUUCAAGCUCACUGUUGGUGAAAUGUGUAACAGGAACCCAAGAACCAUUAGUCCAGAUGCAAUGGCGGUUGAAGCCAUGAAAAAGAUGGAAGCUCCACCGUCCCCUGUACAGUUCUUGCCUGUUGUUGACCAUCAAAACAGAGUGAUGGGAAUUGUCACGCUGCAUGGAUUAGUUUCUGCUGGGCUAUGACGUGUGUGAUUUUUUUUACAUGUAUUGAAUAAUUUGAUUAUAUUCUUUUAUAACAUUCAAAAAUUAAUCUAGGAACUCACCCCCUUAAGUGAGGGAGGGGUUCAUGUGAAUCAGUAUAUGUCUUGUAUACUAGAAAGUUGAUUAUUUAUGUUAGCACUGUUAUCAGUGACACAUCACUGUUGUUGUCCAAGAUGUUUGCUGUUAUUUAUCAUCCCAAAGUAAUCAGACUUGUGCUCUUGUAACUCUGAACAUGAAACAUGUCAAACUACAUUCUGAAGCGUGUGAUUGUUCAUCUCA